GCUGCUUAUUCUAUGGCUAACAUUAAACACGCACGCGAACGUGUAAUCCGAUGCAUACAUAUACGUAUGCAUAGGAGUCUCUAUCGGGGCGUCAAUUUUAUUACAAAUAAGACUCUGAUCUUCACAAUAUAUCAUCAUAAAAAAAAAAUAAUUAUUACGGAACUGUGAUACGAUUACCGGUCCACUUAUGCAUACUCUCGCGACGAUCAUCGCGAAUGUGUAAGAGACGUCCGGCUGUAAUUCAUAUCGUCGCUAGCUUGUGCCGAUUUAUUAGAGUGUUACCUUAUAUGUUGCUACGGAGCGAGUGAAAGAAACGCAGUUCUAUGCGAUUAAACGUGUUUCAUUGGAAACUACGGCGAAGAGGUCGAGCGAUCGACACCGAAUAAUCUCAAUGCAUCCUGUUUUAAGGAGAAAGACAAUGUUUCGUUCGUUGAAGCGUUAACAUGCCGAUGUAGAAAAUAAUGAAAAGGGCUUUAAAGAGAAAAAAAUUUUCGUCGAUACCCUGAUACGUUCGAGGGGACAACACGUUUCCCGAUGCUUCGAUAAAUUCGGUUCGUGACAGUGCUAACGAAUGUUAGCUGUUGCUCUGUCAAUUGUGUAAGGACACCUGUGAAAACGGCACUGGAUGUACUGCAACGGAUCAUGAAUGUGGUCAGCAUAGCAGAGAGGUGGUGUCGGGAAGGUGGUUGACACGCCUUCAUAUCUUUGAGAUGAUUGAAAGCGUAUCACGCAGAGCGUUGAGUGGCUCCAGUGGGAGCUACCACGUUCGUGGUGCUGAAUUAGCAAGGAAUCGUAGAUUGAAAUCAUUGUCUGCCACUGUUGUUUUUCUUGAUGACACUCAACACACGUUUCAGCUAGAUAAAAGAGCAAAAGGUCAAGCAUUAUUAGAUUUAGUAUUUCAACAUUUAGAACUGGUUGAAAAAGAUUAUUUUGGUUUGCAAUAUGCAGAAAAUGGAGCCACAGCCUGUACAUAUUCACCGGAUAUAAUGAGAUGGUUGGACCCUACUAAACCAGUGAAAAAGCAGAUAAGAAGUAAGGGUGGACAGUUUUACUUCAGGGUGAAGUUUUAUGUAUCGGAUCCUAGUAAGUUACAGGAAGAAUACACUAGGUAUCAAUUUUAUUUACAAAUACGAAGGGAUAUACUUCAAGGAAAACUUCAGUUACCUCCAAGUACAGCAUGUCUUAUUGCCAGCUACACUGUCCAAUCUGAGUUAGGUGACUAUCAUCCUGAAGAACAUGGUCCAGGAUAUCUUUCUAGGUUGCAGCUUAUACCAGGUCAAACUGAGGAAAUGGAAAAAAAAAUAGCUGAAUUACACAAGCUUCAUAAAGGUCAACUACCAGCUGAUGCAGAAUUCAAUUUUUUAGAUCAUGCAAAAAGAUUAGACAUGUACGGAGUAGAAUUACAUAAAGCAAGGGAUUCAACAAACAAAGAAAUUCAAUUAGGUGUUACAUCUAUAGGUUUAGUAGUAUUUCAAAAUGGAAUAAAAAUUAAUGUGUUUUCAUGGUCAAAAAUAGUUAAAAUUUCGUUCAAACGGAAACAGUUUUUCAUUCAACUUAGACGAGAACAGUCAGAAAACUACGAUACAUUAUUAGGAUUCAACAUGCAAACAUAUCGUAGUUCUAAAAAUUUAUGGAAAGCAUGUGUGGAACAUCAUACCUUCUUUAGGUUACAUAGUCCUAAAAUGAGGCCUAGACGUUUUCCCCUUACUUUAAGUAGUAGAUUCACUUAUUCAGGGCGUACAGAAUUUCAAACUGUUGAAGAUGGUAAACACAGAGCUAGAGUGGAAAGAACAUUUAUACGAUCUCCAAGUAAAAGAUUGGUGCAUGGAGUUACAUCAGCUCCACUUAUAGACGAUAAAGGAAAAUUAUCUGUACCUCCGGGAAGACCACCUAGGCCAUACGAUAACAAAGUUCAGUCUCUUGGUGCUCGUGAACCUCGUCAAGCAUGGGGUGAAGGCAAUCCUAGCGACGACGAGGGUGGUUUUUUAUCUCUUCGAGAUGAAAUAUCGGGAUCUCAUACACAAGGCAACGCAUUUUCACCUGUAUUAGGUUCGAGGGUUUUAAGUUACGCAGACGAUGAUACAACUGUUGAAAGAAAUAUUUAUGAUUUGCCAGAUUAUAGUGAACCUACAAGUUCACCUGCCCCACAGAUAGUAGAAGAUGGAUUGGUAUCAAUAACUUUGACACCAGACGAGCAAGGUCGGUUUGGUUUCAACGUGAAAGGUGGUUUGGAUCUUGACAUGCCUAUUUUAGUCUCGAGAGUAGCUCCGAAUACACCCGCUGACCGUUGUUAUCCGAAGUUAAAUGAAGGAGAUCAGGUAGUCUACAUUAAUGGAAUUGACGUGAGUGGAUUACUGCAUGAGCACGUAGUACAUUUGAUUCGUAAAUCUCGUGAUUCGGGUUCUGGUGAGCUGACACUAACUGUUAGGCCAAACGCUUUAUACAAUGCUCUAGCUGGUACCGAUGAAACGUCCGAAGAAGAACCUCCAUAUAGAUAUGUACCGGAUGCACCUCAUGCGUCUAUUGGAUCAGACGCGUUGGCACAGUCAAUGUUACUUCUUGCCGAUGGUCUUGCAAGUGGUGCUUUAAUCGCUCAAUACGAGCAAUUGUAUCGAAAGAAUCCUGAACUUACUUCUCUGGAAUCUAAGAAACCUGAAAAUCAAAGCAAAAAUCGUUAUCGAGAUAUCUCACCAUACGAUGUUACUCGAGUAAUUCUCAUGGGUUCUUCGAAUGGUGACUACAUCAACGCCAAUUAUGUGAACAUGGAAAUCCCUGGAUCGGGUAUUAUUAACAGAUACAUCGCCACGCAAGGACCGCUUUCAACUACCGUCGCUGACUUUUGGCAGAUGGUAUUAGAGGCAGGCAGUACUCUUGUUGUUAUGUUAACAACUCUAGUUGAACGUGGUCGAGCAAAAUGCCAUCAAUAUUGGCCCGCUCUUAACGAAACUCUUACGUUACGGAAUCUUACACUUACUUCGACAGUUGAAAAUGUUGAAGACACUUUUAUAUUUAGGGAAUUCAUACUUCGCGAUAUAAACACUGGAGAAGAAAGAGAUAUCACACACAUGCAAUAUUGUAGUUGGCCUGAUCACGGAGUACCCAGUGAUUGGAGACAGUUCACAACAUUUACUGAAAGAGUAAGGGCAGCUCGAACAGGGAUAGUAGAACCUGCUGUCGUCCAUUGUUCUGCUGGGAUUGGUAGAACAGGUGUUUUAGUAUUAAUGGAGACUGCACUGUGUCUUAUCGAAGCAAAUCAACCAGUGUAUCCAUUAGAUAUUGUACGCUCGAUGAGAGAUCAAAGGGCAAUGAUGAUACAAAAUGCUAGUCAGUAUAGAUUCGUUUGUGAAGCAGUCCAUAAAGCUUACAGCGAAGGAAUAGCUAAACCACUUCCUGAAUUCAGCAGGUGAAAAGAAAAGAAGCAGGAACACACUGUAAUUACCAUGUUUCUUACAUUUUACUAAGAAAAGCAUCACAUCACUAGAGGAUAAUUUUGUACUCAGACAAUAAUAUGCACAUAUAUUAUUGAUUCGUAGGAAAGAUAUAUUACUAUUUAUAGUAGGUAGUUUUUAUUCUUUCAAAAACCUGUUUUUCAUGUAGAGCUUCAGUUGGUAGAAGGAGAAAAAAAUGUAAUUGAUGCCUUUAGUUUGACGAAAAAUCUUGAAAUCUAUAAAAAUUUUAAUUUAGGUGAGCGUUUGUAAAUAAUGCACCCUUGACGAAGUAAGUUUAUUAAUUUAUAUUUAAGCUGAACGCGUAUUAUUUAAAACGAUUUUCUAUUUUAGUUUAAUUAUUAAUAUUAUAUUUUUGAUUUCCGUGUAUGGAAUAGGAUGCAGAAGUACGAAAACUUGAAUUCCAUGAUAUGUUGCUAAUAUUCUGUUCAGAUUCUGUUAGUUUGUUCAAUUCCAUAGGGUUCUAUUUUUAAAUUGUUAUUUAUCGGGAACUAAUAAUAGUGCAAAUAUGACCACUUUCAUGAAAUCAAGCAUAACGCCUUAAGAUCUAUAAAUGUUGAUUGAAAUGUUGAGAAGAAAUUAUUAGAAUUACUGGAGGUGUCAAUAUAGAAGUAUUGCCUUGAAGAAAACUGCAAAAUAAGACGUUACAAAGUGAUUAAGCGCAGAAUUAAAAAAAAUGGUAAAGUCUAUAGUUAAUCUAUUUCAAUAAGCUACAGAAUGUAAUUUUAUAAAAUGAAAUAGUAAGAUAUGAUUUUUGAAUCUUUAAAUGUAUCCAUACAUUUCAAAAUAAGCGCAUUAGUCAUAAAUACCGCUUGGCCAUAAAAUAAUUGAAAGUAAUUCAUCUUCGAUCGAGUACCAAUAUUUCAUUAUGUCGAAUAGCCAAGAGUAGUACGUACUUGUGUAAUAGGAAAAAGAAAAUUUUUAACUCGUAGCGAUCCGUUUCUACUAUUAACUUACAGCUAAGUAUGAUAUUCUACUUAUAACGAACGUAACAACUUCUAAUAUCGUAUACACAGUGUACAGUUUAGGUUUAUUAAACAAAAAAAAAGAACGGACUAAUACAAAUAGCGGACGCUAGCGAAGUAUUAAAGUUUACGCUCGUGUCGUGAGUAAAGUGCAAGUUAAACCUAAAGAAAACUGUUUCAGAUGAAAAUGGUUCGGUAUUCAAAUUUUGAACGAAGUUCAAAUUAUUUUGCGAAUAAGAUUGGUAGAAAUUGAAAUGAUGCAAAAUGAGACAUUUCAAGUGUCGUCAUUUUGAUCGCUUCAAUAUAAAUGAACAUAGAAUGAAAUCAAAAACGGUGACGCAAAAUGUGCUACACAGUAAUUAAUCUUGAGAAGAUGCCUCUUUAAAAAUCAUUGACGUCCUUUAAAUGUUCUAGUAAUGUUAACAAAGCGUACUAUUUUUUUAUAAGUAUACAAUGUGUUCUACUUUCCGCCCAUUUUUCGCAAUGUCAAAAUAUCUUUAUGUCAUGCAUACAUAAUCUUCACGAAAAUUAAGUAGUUACGUAAUUGAUUUUUGGUAAUUCACAUUUACCGUAAAAUUAUCGUUCACGCACAACAUGAUCGAUUCAGAGAUUUCAGAUUAAAUCUGGAGACCUUUUCAUUAAUUAAGAAAAGGUGUUCAUUCAUAUUGUACGUAUGGUCCAUAUGUUUUUUUUUACAAUUACACAAUCACAACAUGCACAAAAAAGUAGAACAAUGAAAAUGAAAUAAAUCAAUUUGUAUUUACUUCUUUAUGUCUGUCAGGAAAGAUUUAUACAGACUGAAUAUGAUUUACUUUAACAAAAAAUGCAACUCAUAAAUUAUUUGCGUGUAGAAUGUGUAAUAUUACAAACACGAUGCCAUUUGUAAAUAUAUACAUGUAUAUGGUAAUCCUUUGCGGUUCUUUAAAGUAUUAAUUACGUGUAAGUGUCCAUUUUCAUUGUUGUAACAUUACUUUUACAAUAUUGAUGAACUCAUAAUGAUUAGAAUUGGUUAGCAAAUACAACAUACUCUUUUAAUAAUAUUUUUUUUUAUUUAAAGAAACAUGAAACAGCAAGGUUGAACAUACAGAAAUAUUGAUUCAAAAUAUUUUGUUAUAAAUAAGACUGGACCGCAAAGGGUCGUCACUUUGUUGGUAAACAUUUUCAAUAAUAAAUAAUUAAGGAUUGGGUGAAUCUGUUAGGCAUAUCAUAACAGUAAGCAGUAAAGUGUAAUGCCAUUUUGAUAUUUUCUGUAUUAUGAAUAAUGAUAUUUAUCUAAAUUAUUGACAAUAGUGCCUUCUACGUGCAUCCAGAUCACAAUUACAAGGCGAAAAUUUAUAGUCGUAACGACUGUUAGAUUUUAACAGUUUCACUCGAUGCAAUUUUCUUUACUAUCUCAUACUAAAUUAAUAUUGAGUUUCUGUAUAUUUUUUUGUAUAAUUGUUCAUAAUUUUUUUUCAUAAUUUAUCUUCCAGUAAUUAUGUAAAUAUAUUUACGUUUCAUGUAAUUCCUAUUUCAUAAACAUGAUUUCAUACAGAUCAUAUAAUUAUUUAUUUAUAAUUAUUAUUGUAUUAACCAAACAAUAACAUUAUAAUUAGCAGUAAUUAUAAGUGUAAUUAAUAGCUUACAUUUCAAGCUAUUUCUGGCAACUCUUGAACAAGUAAAUUUAUAGUUACGAAUGAUCGAAAGAUCAUAAAAAUACAAAUAUUUUAUCUGAAAAUCAGAAUAUGAAUUAAACUAUAUAAGUAGGCACCUUGAAUCUUAUGUUCUAACAUAUGUAUAAUAUAAAACAAAAGGCUCAGUUUAAAUAAAUAUGAAAAUGUAUAACAUAAUGACAUAAUCGAAAGAAACAAUUCUGUAUAAUAAGAAAUAAUAUUUUAGAACAUAGUUUCUGUGACAGGUGCAAAAUACAGUGAAGUACACGAAACAUAUGAAUAAAAUGCGAGAAGCAUUGAUUUACAAUUCUUAUAGAAAGCAUUAAUGAUACGUCUAUGGAAAUAGAUUUAUAGCGUCACAGUGCAUUUUUGAACUUGUAUGCCGAGUAGUAUUCAUUUGACAUAAUUCAUUAAAAAUGAAACAUUCAAAUUCAUUCUCAUUCUUUAUGUGUAUAUAAAAACAGUACAAAGAAUAUUAAAUAGUUUAUUGAAAUAUCGAAAAGUUAUAUUCAAUAAUAUUCAUCUGCAUAUGUGCCAAACGAUAGCACAUAAAUUGAAUGCUAAUUAUAAAUAAAGUGCCACAAAAGUUUUCAUAAUACAGUCAGUAGUUGUCUAGUCUCAUUAUUAAUUUGUACUUCUAAAAUAUAAAAUAAAAAACGUUUUAUAGUAUUCUGCCAUUUAAUCAUUUCACCAUUUAUGACAUUAAUUUUUAUACUUUGGUACAUUCAAGAUUGUGUAACAGUAAAUAUAAAUAUUUAACAACAAAUUUUUUGUUAUUAUAUAUAGUAAUUGGUGCUAUACAUCGUGCUCUCCACAAUUCUGUAACGUAUUUUAAAUAUUCUUUAAUACAAAAGCAGUAAUUUGUGCUAGAACUCAUUUUCAAUUAUUGAAGCCGCUGAAGUUGCAGUUUGCAAGAUGAUUUACAAAUCAAGAAAAACGGUCCCUCCUGACCAGGAUUAUACGUUGAUGGAACAAUAUUAUAAGUUCCAGCUGGCACACUGUCCAAUUCAAGAUAGAUAAACCCUGACCUAUAUUAAAACCAAUCAUUAAUAUACUUAAUAUAAAUAGCACUUAUAUUCUAAUUUAUAGAUUACCUAAAUGGACCAGAGUUCUUCACUUUGAAUGCACCAGGUGCAUCAGAAUCAUUCAACACCACUGAUGUAACAUAAAAUCCUAUUUGAUAUUCUUUUGGACCCUUUAGUAUAAUCAAUAGGUAGUUAUCAUUAUUUGAGCUUUCUAAUAUUAAUUGGUAACGUGGAUUAUUUUGAUACGUCGGAUGAUUGCUACAUCCACCAGCUGUAAUGCCUUUCCAUUGACCAUCGGUAAUCUGAGAAAAGAAUUAUUAAUGUAAAAAAAGAAAGUCGUAAAUUAUAUUUAUAUUUGCGUUAAAAAAAACCGUACCUCUUUUUCAUAUUUAUAAAAAUUCGAUAUCUUACGUAACGUGAAUGGGCAUGUUCCAUAUGCACGUAAAGUAUAAUAUAUUGUAUUUGUUUUUUCAUAUUGCGAAAUAACUAGGGUAUAACGAGUAUCGCUUUGUGCAUCCAAUUUUAUUUUGCAAAGAUAGUGUGGACUAUUUAUUUUUACACCAUUAAUGUACGGCGGUGGAUCAUCUAUAGAACAAAAUGUUUAUAAUUAAUAGUAAUCAAAUAAAUUAGAGAUAUAGUAUGGGACAAACCUAACACUCUAUGUACAGUUAGAUUAUUUAAUGAACUUGAAAUGAUAAAAUUAAAAAUACUAUCAGUGAGAAAAGAUCAAAUCGAACAUAAUAAAAAAUACAUAUUAACGUUAUCGAACGUUUAAAAUGUUUUUUUGUUAUUUCACGCAUAAUUCUUAAAGUAUUUUUAAACCGAGUAUAUUUAUCGAUAUU